AUGCGGAAGCCUCGUCAGGAAUGGGAUGAGGAUGAGACCGUCGUCUUCAAGACCGUGGGGCCAUUGUUCACACCGUCAAGGCAGCCGCCAACUCGGUCGGUUCUCCCUGUGAAACAACUCUAUUCUACAAUUCCUCAUCUACCCAGUCGCGUAGGCGCUGGGAUAAAACGCAAAACCACACCCAAAGCUACUCCAUUACGACCUAAUACCCUCACUCCACUCGUCGUCACCUCGUCCAAGGCCUUUGGCCCUGGUGGCAUGUCAUUUGAUCGCCUAGGACCUUUACCACCUCCCACAUUUGGUCCUCGCACACCGCGAACGGGCACAGAGGCCGAUGCAUCGUUGCGCAACCAAACUACUACAUUCACACAAUUGAAGAUUUCAGAUCUGAAUCGAUCUGACGACGACGACGAUUCUGGCUGUGACAUUUCGGAGCCGCCAACAGCGCCGCUUUUCAGUGGAGACCAUCCACCCAGUCAGGCUAGAAGGAACGAUCGGCGCCUUAUGAAUGCCAAGCAAGAGGAAGUAGUGGAGGCAGUCUCCCCUGGAGGCCAUAUUUCCAAAAGACGCGCAAGAUCACGCCCGGUUUCCGACGAGCUUCUUGAAAGCGUGUUUAACUCACCUUCGCCAGUGGAACGUCCUUCAUCUGGAAGUCGUAAUGUUGUGGCUUUUCCUCCUGCUGCUCAUCAUACACGGAAGUCGCCAAAUUCGUCUACCUCCGGUGCAUUUGCUCCCUUACCUCGACGUCGCGUCCCGGCCAACGCGCUUAUAAGGCCCAAGAGCCCGUCAUCUUCCAAUGCUCGAGGCCCGUUGGCGCGUGUAGAUUCAGCCACUCUAUUUUUUGGCCCUUCUGUCCCUCAAUCUCGUUCGAGAACAAAUACAUUGUCCAUGGCUUCAUCCGGAGAUAAAUUCAUCGCCCCUCGUCCUCCCACGAGCAAUAGACACAGUUACGCUGGAUCUGACCGCAAGGCGUGGAAUUUCCUUCAAGCGCGACCCACUUUACCAUCACCUCAGUCCUCCCCUACCUCUCCUGCCUCUCGUAAUACCCAGGAGACUCUCUACAACAGCACAGAUGAUGAGGAUGAUAUCCUUUGUGAAGGUCCCCGAGAUUCCUCUUUCAUCCUCAGCAUCGACACUCCUUCCCCGAGGCACACUGACGUGGUCAUUCCCUCCAAGUUUAAGCCAAGUAGAGAUUCUGGCGUUGUCGUCAGCGAUGACGAACUUUCAAUGAACAGUAGCGCCAGCGGCGACCAUGUACCACAGGCAUCUACCAGUGUCAGUUCUAUCUUUUCUGAUGAAGAACAUGGUCUCCUCACUCCUGGCGUCUGUCCUGUUCCUUCCUCCGGCUGGCCAGGAGUCUACGAAGUCGAUGAUCACCAUGAUGAUGAUAACCAGCAGGGGAGCGAUGUUGAUGCAUUUAUCAAGCGUACACUGGCUGCCCCUACGAAGGCGCCUUCCGAAGUCAAGAAGGUACCCAAUACACCCGUCAAAAAAGUCAAGACUAGUUACCUGUCUGGCGACAGACCAUGGCAGAGUGCGGUAGCGCACAGGGUUGGUCUUGGUAUUGAUUGGGAAAUGAAGCAAGCCAAAGUACCGCGAAAGAGCCUACCGCUUGGAUUUUCUGCAGCAGGGCGAAAACACGGGAAGUCCUUUCUGGACCCAAGCACCGACUCUGAAGAUGACGCUGAGGACAGCCCAAGCACCCGGAAAGAGAAAGAAAGAUAUAGUGGUAGUUUGGGUAUUGGACGACCGUCUCUACCCACACCUAAAGAGGACUUCCCAGCUGUUCAUAAGUCCCGAUGGCUGUCACGAAGGACUAGUAGUGGUACGUUUUCCAGCGGAAGUGACUCCAUGUCAAUGAAUGGUACUCCCACAAGAAAUCUAGCCCAAGAACACCCCCGCAGAAAAGCCGCAAAACACACUCCCCGUUCUGAGUCCAGCUCAUCGUUGAACUCCGUCCUCUCUUCACCGACUACCGCUCGUGUCCAGCCGUCACCUGGGCAAAAAAGACCUCCCGUUCUGAGAAAAAGCUAUCCGAAACGCCCAUCACUAUCCUCAUCGCAGGAUUCCGGUCGUUUUGACCGUGACUUUGUUGAACUGGAAGAAAUUGGUAGUGGAGAAUUCGGCGGAGUUAUCAAGGUGCAUUCGAAAGCAGAUGACGAUUGCGAAACAUACGCCAUAAAGAAAUCCAAGACGUUUGAGGGCAUAAAACAUCGACGCCGAUUGAGAGAAGAGGUCGAUAUUCUACGCCAUCUCCGUUUGGCCAAUGGCGGACAGCGACAUCCAAAUGUAUUGGCCUUUGUGGAUAGCUGGGAAGAAGAUGAAGCACUCUUCAUCCAAACGGAAUUAUGCGACUUGGGCAAUUUGGCCCAUUUCUUGUGGGAGUAUGGACGCCAGUACCCUCGACUUGAAGAGGCCAGGGUUUGGAAGAUUAUUGCUGACCUGAGUAACGGUCUUAUGUUUAUUCAUACUGCUGGCGUCAUUCACUUGGACCUGAAGCCAGCAAAUAUUUUUGUCACGUCUGAGGGACGUUUCAAGAUUGGAGACUUUGGUAUGGCAUCUUUGUGGCCACGGCCUCCGCAGGAGACCUACUUCGGGCCUACUGCCUUCGAGCGAGAGGGUGAUAAGCUUUACCUGGCGCCGGAAGUAUUGCAAGGGAGGUACGGCAAAGCAGCAGAUAUAUUUAGUUUGGGCAUGACGAUGCUGGAGACAGCGGCAAAUAUUGUGGUUCCUGACCAAGGCGAACCCUGGCAUCGGUUGAGGCGAGAAGAUUUCUCGCAAGUUGACUUGGACGAUAGCCCCGAGCUCUUGGAGCUCAUCCAGCAGAUGAUGCGGACCGAUCCAGCGCUGCGAAUAGGAAUACAGGCUAUCUAUUCUCAUCCCGUGGUAUCUCGAGCACGUAUGAACAUGGAAAUGUUGUAUAAUGUCGCGGCCAGGGACGGUACAUCCUUGUUUGCGGCAUCCCCUUUGGCCAGUGUCUCGUCAGAUUUCUUGGAAGAGAUACUAGGGCACUCAGUCGGUUGGGAAGGGGCAAUGGACCUCAGUCCAUAA